UGAACCAGCAGUAAUCUUCGCAUGCGCCAUGGACGAAGCAACCACAUUCGCCAAAGCUCUCCUCAACAACGCCAACAAUCCUUCCCUCGCAUGGCUUCUCUUCAAACGCUCUCCUUCCCAUCUCCGCCUCCGCUCCGUCCCCGUCGUCGCCCGCAUCCUCAUCGCCGCCAAAAUGCGCCGCCAAAUCGACGCUCUGCACCAACUUCUCCUCUCCUCGGAGCCUCCCGAAACCGCCCACGCCUGUCUCCUUUCCCUCGUCAGAAUGUUGGCAAAUUCGGGUUUCUCCGGCAUGGCCGUUUCUCACUUCAAAGCCCUCCGAUCACGCUUUCCCGACAAGCCUUACUCGGCUUUUCUCUACAAUUCGCUUUUCAAGUCAUCUCUCGCCGAGAAAAGCGUGGAUUCUUUCUCGUGGUUGUAUAAAGAUAUGAUUGUUUCGGGGGUUGUUCCUGAAACGUAUACCUUUAACCUUUUGAUCAGUGCGUUGUGUGAAUCGGGCCAUUUGGAAAAUGCCCGCGAGAUGUUUGACAAAAUGUCUGAGAAGGGUUGUCGUCCGAAUGAGUAUAGCGUUGGGAUUUUGGUUCGCGGGUAUUGUAGAGCCGGGCUUGUUGAUGAAGCUUUGGAGUUUUUCAAUAAGACAAGUGACGUUUUGCCGCCUAAUAGGAUUGUGUACAAUACUUUGAUAUCUAGUUUUUGUAGAGCAGGUAGGACUGAUGAAGCUGAGAAAUUAGUAGAGAGGAUGAGAGAUAAUAAUAUGACGCCGGACGUCGUUACGUUUAAUUCUAGGAUUUCGGCUCUUUGUAAGUCGGGGCAAGUUCUUGAAGCGUGUAGAAUAUUUAGAGAUAUGCAAAUAGACCAAGAGUUGGGGCUCCCAAGACCUAAUAUCAUAACAUAUAAUUUGAUGCUUGAGGGAUUCUGCAAAGAAGGAAUGUUUGAAGAAGCGAGGAGUUUGUUCGAAACUAUGAAAAGAAAUUCUGAGUUUGUCAAUUUGGAGAGUUUUAACAUAUGGUUGCGGGCUUUGAUAAUGAGCGGGAAGCUGUUGGAGGCAAGAUUGCUUCUUAAGGAAAUGGUGGAUAAAGGAACGGGGCCAAGUAUCUUCACAUAUAAUAUCAUGAUGGAUGGUUUAUGCAAGAAUGGAAUGUUUUCUGAUGCAAGAAUGGUGAUGGGAUUAAUGAUAAGCAGUGGCAUUUCCCCAGAUACGGUAACUUAUACCACUUUACUCCAUGGGCACUGCAAUAAAGGGAGAGUUUUUGAAGCCAAGAAAGUUCUGCAGGAGAUGAUGAUGAAUAAUUGCCAUCCAAAUACGCGUACUUGCAACAUUUUGCUGCACAGCCUCUGGAAGGAGGGGAAAACAUCAGAAGCAGAGGAGUUGUUGCAAAAGAUGUACGAGAGGGGUUACGGUAUAGAUAUCGUGACCUGCAACAUUGUGAUUGAUGGUCUCUGUAACAUUGGGAAGAUGGAUAAAGCUAUUGAAAUUGUGAGUGAGAUGUGGACUCAUGGAAGUGCUGCUCUUGGUCACCUGGGGAAUUCUUUUAUUGGCCUGGUUGAUGAUAAUAAUAAUGGAAGAAACUGCAGGCCUGAUUUAAUAACGUACUCAACCAUAAUCAGUGCAUUAUGCAAGGUUGGGAAGCUGGAUGAAGCCAAAAAGAAGUUUGCAGAGAUGAUGGGGAAAAGGUUGUGCCCCGAUUCAGUGAUAUACGAUACAUUCAUACGUAGUUACUGCAAACAAGGGAAGAUAUCAUUGGCAUUUCGCGUGUUGAAGGACAUGGAAAAGAAAGGUUGCAACAAGAGCCUUCAAACUUAUAACUCAUUGAUCCUCGGCGUAGGAAGUAAAAACCAAAUAUUUGAAAUAUAUGGACUGCUAGAUGAGAUGAGAGAAAGAGGAGUUUCUGCUGAUGUUUGCACUUACAAUAAUGUGAUUAGUUGUCUCUGUGAAGAAGGGAGAAUUAAAGAGGCCACUUCUCUUUUAGAUGAAAUGGUGCAAAAAGAUAUAUCCCCUAAUAUUGGUUCCUUUGGAAAAUUAAUCAAAGCUUUCUGCAAAGCAUGUGAAUUUGAAGAUAUGCAGGAGGUAUUUGCGAUAGCUCUAAAUAUUUGCGGCCAUAGGGAAGCCUUGUACAGUCUGAUGUUCAAUGAGUUGUUUGCUGGAGGGGAAUUCUCAAAAGCUAAAGAGAUUUUCAUAGCAGCACUAGAUAGAAAUCUUUAUGUAGGGAAUUUCCUUUAUAAAGAUCUCAUUGACAAACUUUGCAAGGAUGAAAAGUUGGAUGAAGCCAGUAGCAUUAUUUAUUACAUGUUAGGUAAGGGAUAUGGGUUCGAUCCUGCAUCGUUUAUGCCGGUCAUUGAUGGUUUGGGUAAGAAAGGUAACAAGCAUGAGGCCGAAUUACUUGCAGAGAGAAUGAUGGAAAUGUCUUCAGAAGGUAGAGUCAAAAAUAAAGUUUACCGGCAUGAAAAGGAGAUGAGUCAGAGAAGGUCACGCCAGACUGACAAAAGUGAUUGGCAAACCAUAGUGCACAGAGAUGAUGGCAGUGGAACUGCACUAAAAACUCUCAAAAAGGUACAAAAAGGCUGGGGUCGUGAAAGAAUAUCAAGUUUGCAGGCACGGUAUACUAAAUUUCUUGAUUACUGGGAAGAUAAUGAUUGAACUUCUCAACCCCUUGAAAUAGCUUGGAGAGAUGGCAGGUCAUGAUAAAGCUACUAGAGGACUAGAUCAGUGCGACACCUUAACCCCUGGAAACUGAAUGCAGAAAAGAAUCUUGUUUUAUGGUUCCAGAGACUUUGUCCAUGCUCGCUCGGCUUCACAAUUGAGAUGCUCUUUUUGAGAUUUUAUUGGGGUCAGCAUUGCAUGCCAAGAGAACCCACUCCCUGUCAUCAUCCAGAUAUUUGAUGUCGACCGUACUUAUAUCGUCGA